GCAUCUAUUGACUCGUCUGGGUCAAUAAAGUUGUGGGAUGUGUCCACAGAGAAUUUAGAAUCUGCUGUGCGAACAGUUUCGCUUUUAGACAUAGAUUUUCCUUCGCCCAUAUAUGCUGGACUCACUCCUGAAUAUCGAAAGUUGCUUGUUUCCCCCACUGAACGGCUAUUUAUUUCUUGGAGACUACCUGAUGGAAAUUUCCUUGCAAUACCUUCAAACGAUUCUAUCCAAAUUUAUUCUUUAAUAGACAACAAAUUUACAUACUGUAAUAGUCUUUUUGGGGGACACACUAAGAUCGAUGAAUCUGGAAGUUUUAUGUAUAUUCCUAUUGUUUUAAACCCCUUGAGUAAGGCUUCUGAAAAUAAGAAUGGCCAAUUAGCUUCUAUUGAAUCGGCCGUUCCAGAUGUACCUAUAGCUCGUCAUAAAAGAAAAAAUACAAUUUCAGAAGAAGUGGAUGAAAAUAAUGGUAUGGAUGCCGACAAGGAAGCUAAAGCCUUACCCUCAACAACAUAUACAAACCCUAAAACUAAAAAGACCUCACAGCCUAUAGAAUCAUCAGAUGAAGAAAUGGCUGCUCUUGAUGAGUUUGCAGAUGACCAUGAGUUUGAUGAUGAUAUGGAAGAGGCAGGGGAAGAAGAAGAGGUAGAAGACGGCUUAACUGAUCACGAAGAAGAAGAGGACUAUAAAGAUAAUUUGGAAAAUAUAGUUGAACUUCAAGGAAGGCGGCUCGCUAAGCCAUUCAAGAGCGUCAGUACAUUUAGCCUUCCCUCAAUUCCUGUGCUGCAACCCGGCUCGACUCCAAUUAUUGAGAAGCGGAGAUUUUUGGCCUGGAAUUCCAUUGGAUGGAUUACCGUACUCUAUGACGAAGAUAGCGAUGAUCUGGGGACCAUUGAUAUUGGGUUUAAUGAUCAUUCUGCUAUGAAACCGGUCCAUUUUGUAGAUUAUGUUGGAUAUCAUUUCGGUGCCCUUUCCAAAAAAGGCGCUUUUUUUGCCUCUAAAUAUAAGUCAAGAAAUCCUUUCAAAAAUGAAGUGCAGGCCAAGCCUUCCUCACUAUAUUACCUUCCAUUUUUGUCUUGGGCACCCAAGUCUGAAUGGAGAGCUGAAUUAAGUGAAUCAGAGAGUGUUUUGGCUAUAGCAUGCACGGAUGAUUAUUCAGUAGUAGCAACUGAUUUACUUUAUAUCCAUAUUUAUUCAUUGGGGGGCAUUCAGCUUUUUCUAUUUUCGAUUCCUGAACCCAUUGUAUCUCUCGUCGCAGAGGGUAAUAUCCUUUUUUCCAUUUUUGGAAGGUUCUCGGAUAUCACAACACAAAGAUUAUCGUUUUCUAUAUUUGAUUUGAAGGAGCAGCGAGAUAUCCCUAUAUCCAAUAGAUUAUUGCCUCUCUCUUCACCAGAUUCCUCAAGCAACGCCAUUAAAUUUAGGUCUCUUGUUAGUUCUGGUGAUCCAGUUUCCGUUGUUUGGACUGGAUUCGUUGAUAACCUCUGUAUACCUUCAUUUAUGGACUCUUGCGGCAUCGUUCGAGCUCUAUUUUCCGAGUCUGGUUGGCAAUGGGUUCCUAUUCUUGAUUGUUACAAACAAGUUAUGGGAAAUUCCAAUCCCGAUACUGCGACUGGUGUUAAAAUGAAUUUAUUCCCAGUGAGUCUGGAUGAAAAUAACAUGCUUGUUGCCAUGAUGAAAGGGGAUGAUCCUUGGCCUGCUGUAUUUCCAAAGCCUGUAAUCAAAGAGCUAGCCAUAUAUCCACCAUCCCCACUUGGUAGGAUUGACUUUGAGAUAGAAAAAAAGUACACUUAUGGAAUCAUUAAUAAUGCGUAUGGAAAUGUAGAUGGCGUUCUUCCCUCAAAAAGGCGUGCAGAAAAUUCCAAAUUGGAUAAGCUUUUGUUUGAACUGCUAAAGCUCUCACUUGCCCUGGAGAUAUGUUCCCUUUUCCAUUUGGAAAAAUCCUUUGACUUUGCAAUUCAAUUGACAAGUGCUUCACAUCUAGUUGAUCUUUCCAGAAGAAUUAAAGAAGUAAAAUUGAAGAGAUUUUCCACCGAUUCUUGUGUAGAAAAUGAGACUGACAGAAAUACUGACAUUCAUACUUCCGUGUCACAGCUCCUCAUCCAGAGAGACCAAGGUUCAGCCACUUUCCAAAGCAAAAAUUCAUCCAGCUUCAUGAAUAGCAUUUUGGAGGAUCCCCGAACGCAUGAAAACCACACAAAAACCUCAAUCAAAGAUUUUAGCGAUACCUUCCGCUAA